AUGCGCUUCCUCGACCAGCUCAAAGCCAAGCUGGAACCGGCCACUACGGAAUCGACAGGCGGCGUCGACGCCAAGCCCCAGCCGUCUGGCGCCCCGGCACAGGCUGCUGCCGUCCCCGUCGAUCACCAGAGCGCUUCAGCUGAGCCAGCAGAGCCGCAUAUCGACGACCACAAGCCGAACCCGAAGGUCGCUGUUGCCGUGGCUGGAGCCGCUAGGCGGCACUAUGAGCUGCGUAGUACCGAUCACGAGCUGACCCCAGCUCGCCGUUACGACAGGUCUGACGCUCCUGAUCCUGUCGGUCUGCGUGGUCUCCCUUCACGACCGGCCAUGAGUGCGCGGCCGGUCCGCUCGUCAGAAGCGUUCAGGCCAAAGCCCGCCUCUGCCGCCUCAGUCUCGACCUCUGCUCCCGCCUCGUCCUCGGCCGCUGCGCUCGACUCGCAGGUCCUCGCCGAUCUCGAAGCGCAGGACCGCGCCGACGACCUUGUCCACGCUAGCUCGACCGUGCCGCUCGAGAACUCUGACCUGAUCCGCUGGCGCGAGUUCAACAACGCCGAGGAGGACCACCUCUACGGCCCCGCCGCCGUGGACGAGGAGGGCGCGCCGCUCGAGCCUGUCUCUCCGUGGCUCGGCUUCCAGGCGCUCGGCAUCGCGACCGCGCUCGUUGGCGCGUGUACUGCGCUCGGCGUGUGGGGUGCCGCCAAGUAUCUCGGCGUCGGCAGCGUGCAGGAGUUUGCGGACGCGAUGAAGGGCAAGCUCGAGGAGGGGUUGCCGGAACUCAUCGAGAAUGUGCGCAAGGACGAGGGACCGAGCGAUGCGGGACCCAACGUGCUGGGACGGAAUGGGGACGUUGACGAUUCCAGGCUGAAGCAGUGGAUCGAGUGGGUUGAGGGGGACAAGAAGAAGGUCUAG